AUGUUCUCGGCUGCUCCCGUUGCUGGUCAGCGCAAGUGGACCAUCCGAGUCCCUGCCUCGUCUGCCAACAUCGGUCCCGGUUUUGACGUCCUCGGCCUCGCCCUCACCCGCUACCUCACCCUCGAAGUCUCGCUUUCGCCUUGCCCCGAGGCGGAGAGCAAGGUCGUCCUGUCCUACACUGGCGAAGGCGCGAAGGAUGCCCCUACCGACCCCUACAAGAACUUGAUCACCCGCGUCGCCCUCUACGUCCUCCUCUCGCACCGCCUCACCUUCCCUGCGGCCGCCGUCAACAUUGUGAUCGACAACCAGGUUCCCUUCGGUCGCGGUAUGGGUUCAUCAGCAGCGGCAGUUGUCGCAGGUGUCCUCCUCGGCGACGCGCUCGGCGACGUCAGGCUCCCGCAGGAACGCGUCAAGGACUACGCUCUCAUGGUCGAGCGGCAUCCGGACAACGUCACCGCCGCUCUCUGCGGUGGCUUCACGGGCUCCUUCCUCCGCAUGCUCGAGCCGUCAGAACUCGCGCCGUCGUCGAUCCCGCUCGCCGAAGUCUUGCCCGCCUACCCUCCCAACGCCGGCCCGCCUCAACCCGGAGACGAGCUCCCGCCUCAGCCGCCUGUCAACGUCGGCCGCCACGUCCGAUACGGCUUCUCGAAGGAGAUUGGAGUGGUUGUCGUUGUGCCGAAGUUCGAGGUCGAGACGGCCAAGGCGAGGGGCGCGCUGCCGGACAGCUACCCUCGACAGGACGUCGUGUUCAACUUGCAACGACUGGCGGUGUUGACGGCGUCGCUGUCGACCUCGCCGCUCGACCCGAAUGUCAUCUGGGAAGCCAUGCGCGACAAGGUGCACCAGCCGCAGCGCGAGGGUCUCAUUCCCGGCUUGAGCAAGAUUGUCAACACGAUGACUCCCUCGACGCACCCUGGUCUCCUCGGCAUCUGCCUCUCCGGCGCAGGACCGACCAUCCUCGCGCUCGUCUCGAACGAGGGAGCGACGAAGCCUGCGGACGGCAAGGCGACUCCUCAGAUGGAGGCUGUUGGCGAGGCGAUCAAGGACAUCUGGGCGCAGGACGGCAUCGAGGUCGAGUGGCUCGCGCUCGACGUCGACGACGAGGGCGCCGUUCUCCGCGAGCACAAGUGA